GAAUUGUGUCUGUACUUAAAAGAUUUUGUCUAAAAUUUCUUUUGCAAUUAAAAAUUAAGGAAAGCGGUAGUAAGCGAACAUGGAAACAGAAAUAACUAAUAGUAACUCGUCUAGUUUCGAAGAUCUUGUAAAAGAUCAUGAUGUUAAGGACAGUGUGCAAAACGAUGAUUUCAUGGAUAUAUUGGGAAAUAAUCAAUUGACAAAGAAAAUUUUAGUCCAUGGAACAUCAGAUACACGUCCACAACGUUAUGAUAUUUGCAAAAUAAAUUAUGAAGCAAAACUUGAAAAUGGCGAAGAAGUCGAAAAUGUGGAGAAUUUCAGCUUUCAACUUGGUGACUUAGAAGUUCCUCAAGGUUUGGAUAUGGGAAUUGGUCUUAUGAAUGUUGGGGAAAAGUCAGAAGUUCAUUGCAGUCCUAGAUUUGCUUACGGUUCAUUAGGACUACCAGAAAAAAAUAUUCCUGAGGAUUCUAAACUUAUUUACACCAUUGAGUUAGUGUCGACACAUGAAGAAACUGACAUAGAAAAGAAAUCUUAUAAAUCCAGGAAGGAAAUUGGUAACAAAAAACGCGAAAGAGGAAAUUUUUAUUUCGAACGUCAAGAAUAUAAUUCGGCAAUUCAACUUUAUCGUCGGGCUUUGGAAUAUUUAGAUGAAAGCGAUGGUGGAAUUACUUCCCCUGUAGAAAACUCUUUCAUAGAGCCAACAAAUGAACAACUUCAGGAUCUCCUUGAAGAUAGAAUCAAAGUUUAUAACAAUAUGGCUCAAUCUCAAAUGAAAAUUCAUGCUUUCGAUGCUGCUCUUAAAUCUGUUGACAUGGUCUUGACAUGUCAACCUAACAACGUUAAAGCAUUAUUUAGAAAAAGCAAAAUUUUGGAAGCGAAAACUGAUAUAUCUUCAGCCAUUCCACUGCUUCGAAAAGCAGCUAAUCUUGAGCCAGAAAACAAGUCCAUUCAAAACGAAUUGUCACGCUUAAUUUUGAAAUCAAAGCGAGAAGCUCAAAGCGAAAAAAAUUUAUAUCAGAAAAUGUUGGGUCAAGCUCAAAUAUUAGAUAAGAGAAAACCUCAAUGUCCACCGUCUAAACCUGACACUAACACCAAUGUUAGAAAUAGAUUGAAACUGUGGACUUAUACUCUGGGAUCGGUGCUCAUUGGCGUUGCAGCAAUCGCCUUUUAUCGCUAUAAAUAUUCUUCAUAAUAAGAAGACAAAUAUAAUUGAAGUUUUCUUUUAAAUCUUUUUUCAUGUAUUUUCCAGAAUAUUCCAUAUAAAAAUAAAUUUGAGUUUCUAAAACUAUAAUUAUUUAUAUUAGUCUUUUCAUUUGUGAAUAAUUUCAUUGUCAUAAUAAUGUUGAAUGUGGAGUUGUUUGCUUAUCUUUUAAUUUUAUAUAAUUGCUUAAACAUUUCAUUGUAUCCAAAACCCACCUUUACCAUAAUUUUAGAUAUUAGGCCAAUACAAAAUUAGCGGACGAAUUGUAUACAAAGAUAAAUUUAAUUGUAUUUGUGUAAAUUAUCGAAUAACAUGUAGUGGAAAUGUCGAAUGCUUCGAUACAACUAUUAAUGACAGCUUGUCGCUGACAUCUUGACUUAGUUCAAACCAGGAGCAUUUUCCAAUAAAUGUAACUUCCUCGAUUGUUGGCUUGAAAACAACAAGUAAAGUGAGACAAAUUCCAUCGUUAUGUAAAACUGAAGCGUCAUGUUCCACAGAUAACAAGCCAACAAGUCGAUGUUGUGGAACUUCGGAACCAAAUAAUUCAACCAUAAAUUUUCUUAAAGUAGAAUGUAAACUUUUUCCAGGGUGAAUUUCAGUAGUAGGAAAAUGUCUCUCGUUUUUUUCACUGACAAGUAUAUUAACACGAUUUGGACUUGAACGUUUACGAACAGCAAUAACAAGACGAAGGUAAUUCUUUUUGUGUGAUUUGAUGCCAGGUAAAAUUAAAUUAUGCCAUGUGGAAUCUGAUGAUCUAUUAUGGUAGUUUCUUCCCAACUCGAUAAUAUUUAAAACGUCUUGACUUCUUAGGGUCACUUCAUUGAGGUUAUCAAUCCAUUUGGCUUGUAAUGAUUCUGUGUCUGCUUCACUUGGACUUUUAAGUUUACCACCUGUUACAUUGCCAGUUAAAACAAACCUAAACCAUGAUCCGCAAGCGGAUUCAACUGCAAGUAAAGUCGAUAUUUUUACAUAUAAUCCAGUUUCCUCAAGAACCUCUCGUUCAGCUGCUUCCACAAUAUUUUCCUUGUUCUCCAUUCUUCCAGCUGGCAGAUACCAUUUUCCUGCGCAACUUUUCUUGGCUUCUUGAAUCAAUAAUAGUUCGUUUUUUUCAUUAAAAAUUACUACUGCAACUAUGUAGGUCACUGACUUUCCUAAAACGGGAAUAUAAUCUGUGGAAACACUUGGUUUUAUUCCUUGAGAUUCUGAAAACUGAUUCUGUUCCUCAAUUGUGAAAUCACAAAGCUGAUCAGUGUUCUCAUCUAAGGACUGAUUAUUCAAAAUCCUUAAUAGGUUGUUUUCCAUCUUCACUAGUUUAGUGUUGUGUUCGUUUUAUUUAAACUUUCGUAAUGUUCGUCAUUAAAAAUUUAAAACUGAGUCAGGCAAUUUCUUUUCAUUAUUAAUUUUCCCAAUCACUCAAAUCUGAAAACUUUCCUCAAUCAA